CAUUUUAUUCAAUGUUCGCACUUGAGAGAAACCUGAAGCUAAUUUUCGAUAGGUAGUGAAUUUUAUUUCUUUUGUUUAUUGUGCAAAAUGAACAUUUCUAAAGUAUUUCAAUAAAUUAUAGAAUAUUUUGCCGGUCACAUACAUAGGAUAAGAUAAAAUAAGUGCGAGAAUAACUAAUCAAUAAUGAAGUUCAAGUUUACUUCAGAGAGUUUCAAACAAAAAAAACAUGAUCUGAACAGAAAACAUGAUUUCGAAGACGAUGACGAAUACGUAUGGGAUCAAAUGAAAACAUUGCGAGCUGACGCUGACCAAGAACCCUGUAAAAAAUGCGGCUGGUGUAAUCCUUCUUGUAUUCCUAUCGCAAUAGUAUUUAUUUUAAUUGGAUUGAUUGUGUUGCUGCCAUUAUUAGAACCUAGUACAGAUAAUCUACUUCAUGUUAAACUUAAUGGAACUAAUUAUGUAUGCACUGACAAAUGCAAGAUUCAACUGGUUGAAAGUAUUCCAGAAGGUUUAAACUUCUCUGAAAAUAGUCCAAAAUUCCUAUCCACCUAUGAUGCCUGGUCUAUUUUAUUAAAUUCAACAAAAGAUUCACUUGAUAUUGGUUCUUUUUAUUGGACACUUCGUGGUGCAGACUUUUACAAUCACUCUUCAGCAUGGCAGGGAGAAGAUAUUUUCAAACAAAUAAUGACAAAUGGAAGAAAGAAAAAAUACCAUAUUCGUAUUGCUCAGAGCACACCUACGCCAAACGAACCAAAUUUAGACACAGAAAUAUUUAUAAAGAAGAAAGUUGCAGAAGUUCGAUCGGUUAAUUUUCCCCGCUUGGUGGGUGGCGGUGUAUUGCAUACAAAACUAUGGAUCUCCGAUGGACAGAAUUUUUAUUUAGGAAGCGCCAACAUGGAUUGGAGAUCACUUACACAAGUUAAAGAACUUGGUGUACUAGUCACUAAUUGCACGUGCCUAGCUAAAGAUGUAUCGAAAAUCUUUGAAGCUUAUUGGUAUUUAGGUGUUGAUGAUUCACAUAUUCCAUCUCGUUGGCCAGAAUCUUAUUCAACCAAGUUUAAUAUAAAGUCGCCAGUAAGUGUUAAUUUUAACGACGGCCUAAAUUUUAACACUUUCUUUUCAAACUCACCACCUCCGUUAAGUUCAACUGGACGUACAAAUGAUUUAGACGCAAUCGUCAAUGUUAUUCUGAGUGCAGACAAAUUUGUUCACAUAGCUGUUAUGGACUACUAUCCCCUUCUUAUUUAUUCACCAAAAAUUAGGUAUUGGCCUUAUAUCGACGAUGCACUCAGAAAAGCUGCGAUUGAAAACAAGGUUUCAGUAAAAAUGUUAAUAUCUCUAUGGGGCAGUUCUAGGCCAUCAGAAGAUUAUUUCCUUAAAUCAUUGGCAAGCUUAACAUCAUCGUUUAAAGGAGUUGACAUUGAAAUUCGUCGUUUUAUCGUACCAGCAACUCCUGAUCAAGCAAAAAUUCCUUUUGGAAGAGUUAAUCAUAAUAAGUAUAUGGUAACUGACAAUACCGCCUACAUAGGAACUUCAAAUUGGUCUGGAGAUUAUUUUACUGACACAGCAGGAAUUGGUUUGAUUAUAAAGGAUUCAAAUACAGGUAGUAAUGAAAACGAUACAACUAUUGUCACUCAACUGACGAGUGUCUUCGAAAGGGACUGGAAUAGCCCGUAUGCUGUUGAACUAUGAUAAGGUUUUGUUUAAUUGGAUUUUAACUGAAUCAAGUUGACUAGAUUAGAUUUAAUUUUUUAAUUUCAUUUUUUUAAUAGUCUGAUUGUAAUGUAAGACAAACAACAGCCAAAUUUGUAAAGAGGUUGUAACUUUUUUUUCAAUAUUUCAGAUUCUUUGUUUUAAAAGUUUCCCUUUAUAAAUAUUUUUUU